GGCGGCUUUAAUUGGCCCGGGGAGAUGGCGCGCCUAGCCUGUGUGUGCUGUCUGGUAGCGUUCUGAGGGGACCCCGCGUCCAGGGUGCUGCGUGGACCCAAGUUCCCGCUAGGUCUCUGUGUCCGCGGGUCCAGGGCUGGCGACGGCUGCUCUUUCCGUUCGGCCUCCAUCCCGAUGGACGAGCCUCCCUGGAAGCCCCUCAGCUGUGAGGAGAAGGAAAAGUUGAAGAAAAAAUUAGCAUUUUUGAAAAGGGAAUACAGCAAGACACUGGCCCGCCUUCAGCGUGCCCAAAGAGCUGAGAAGGUUAAGAAUUCUGUUAAGAAAACAGUGGAACAGAAUGACUCACCCCAGCAUGAAAUCUCACUACAGCUAAACCACUCAGAGCCAAAAAAUGAAGGAACUCCUUGUGGAAAGUUACAGAUCAGUACGCAUCUUGAUGAGGAAACUGGAGAAAAGACAUCUAUGACACUAGAUAUUGAGCCUGAGUCUUUUAACUCUGAAGAUGCCCUGGAGGAAGGUUUAUGUUUACAAAGAACAGAUGACACCCAAGAGCACUUACCCUAUAAGGCCAAUGAUCCUGUUGGUGAGAAAAGACAGAGUGAGCCACCAGGGAGAAAAAAACGGCCAAAGAGAAUACUUAGUUCACAGGAGAGAGAUUUCCUUGACAUCAGUUCCCUCAUACUCUCUGGCAAAAGAUUAAAGAAACAGGAAGCAAUCAAUAACAAAAAUCCUAGGUUAUCAGUUGCUGAAGUAACUCACCUUUCAAGUCCUGAAUCUGAAAUUCAAGAUUUUCCAGCACCAGUUACAGAAAAUGAUGGAAAGAGUGAAUUAAUUCCACCAACUGCCAAGUCAGAAAGAGGUGUUGAUAUAUCAGCAAGAGGAAAGAGUUUUUUAAAGGAGACUACAGUUCGUUUGCAUACUGUAUCAGACAGCAGUAGUAGUCAGCACCUUGAACACGUCCCUCCUAAAAGUCACUGUGAACUUACUUCACAGGGAUUCAAAAAGAUUAACUCUGUUUCAUAUAUAAAUCUGGAUGCACAAGGUAUAAAAAAGACUGUCUGCACAGAUAAUUCAGUAAUAAAUGAAGUUGUAAGUACUAGUAGCCAGCUACCUAAAAGUCCUAAUUUAGAGACAGAUAAUGCAUGUUCUGUAAAUGAACUCACUUACGAUAACUCAAAUAUAAGCCAAAAUAUAAAUGAAAAGUAUCAUGCAGAGACAUCUUUAAGAUCUCCCAGUAAUACCCUCGAUAGUAGAAGUAUAAACCUCCAGGAAGAUGAAGUUCUAAGUCAAAGUAAUAAAAAUCUUAGCCUAGAAGUAGUCUCUCCUGUUUCUACAGAAAAUCAGAAUCAUUCUUGCACAGUGAUUGAAGGCCUUCUAUUUCCUGUAGAAUACUAUGUUAGAACAACACGUCACAUGUCAAACUACCAGAGGAAAGUAGCCCUGGAAGCUGUGAUUCAGAGUCAUUUGGGUGCCAAGAAGAAAGGGUUUAAAAAUAAAAUGAAGACAGCAACUAAAGAUUUAAAACUUUCUAGUGAAGAAACUGAUUGGAGUGAAGUUAAGAUGCCAGAUACAUGCCCAGUUCACCCAAAUUCAAAAAGUCCUCUGGAACUUCUCUCAUUAGCUGAAGUCAGCUCUCCUGCUGGACCCACUGAAGAUGGCAACUAUUCCAGGAAGGCUGUUUCACAGCCAUGUGGUAGAAGACACAGAACAAAAAGAAAACCUGUCAGCACCUCAGCACUAGAUCUUUGUGAACUGCUUUUGCCUGCUUCCAGUAUUAACAGUUCUUCCAGUGUUAACAGUUCUGAGGAAGAAGUCACAUGGCACAGACAUCAGGAUAAAAAGGCAGUUAUUCACGAUAAGAGGGUUAAAGGGAAGAAAGGUCAUUGUCAAAAAGAAGAGUCCCUUUCUCCCAGUGACAGUGCUUCUUCAGCUUUGGAUGGUGAUACUUUCACUUCUCCAUUUUACAAGAACAGAAUGUUGAGUUUAAAGCAACUGCUCUCUACUCUCAGUAUGACAGACUUUGAGUUACCCGAUGAGGAUUUUGGGCCUCUUAAACUGGAAAAACUGAAGUCCUGCUCUGAAAAAACAAGUGAGCCUCUGGAAUCAAAAAUGUAUGGAGAGAGCCAUCUAAAAGAGGAAAAUUAUAUUGUUCUGCAGGAACUGAUUCCUAAAUGGAUAGAUGCAGCAGCAGAAGACUUGGGAGAGGACCUGGCUCUACCAGAAAAAGCAUAUCUUCAAGUGCCAAACAAGAAGAGCCAGCCUACAAACAAGAGGCUUUCUUCAUCCAUGUUACUUUUCACUCCUUCCAACACCGCUGCACUGAAUGACAGUGACCCUCCUACUGCAGACCUGUGCUUACCAACCUUCCCCAUUGUGGGCACUACUCCCGCUUUGGGCUCCCUAGCCUGCUCUGGAAAAGUGUCUACUGAAGUUAGACAAACUUGCUCUACAUCCCAACUUUCUCACUUGGAAGACGCAGUGAGUCUUGCCAGUGACAGUAAACAAUGUGACAGUUCAUCAGAGCUGGAUACCAGCUUGUGUGUGUCAGGUAGGCGAGGACAAUCUGCCUGUGACCAUGACUCGGGGCCCCAAGCAGCACCGCUACUCGUUGAGUCAUUUACUUUCAGAGAAAAUCAGCUCUGUGGAAAUGCAUGCCUGGAGUUACAUAAACAAUCCCCUGAACAGACUGAAAUAGCAGAUCGUCCUGUUUGUGAUAGUUUAAACUUGGGCAGCCUACAAUUGGUUUCAACGUUAAAGAAUCCUUCUGGUUCCUGUUCCGUGGAUGUGAACGUCAUGUGGUGGGAUGAAGCUGGUUUUAAAGAUCUGUGUAUCGUAACUGCUUGUGAAUAUGUGGUUUCUCUUUGGAAACCUGCGGACCCUUGUCAGUGGGAAAAAAUUCAUACCUGGCACUUCACAGAGGUUCCAGUAUUACAAAUAAUUCCAGUGCCUGAUGUUUGUAAUCUUGUGUUUGUAGCCUUGGGAAAUUUAGAAAUCAGAGAAAUCAGGGCAUUGCUCUGUUCCUCUGACGAUAAAAGUGAAAAGCAAAAGCUAUUGAAAUCUGGAAACAUAAAAGCUGUGCUUGGCCUGAGCGAGAGGAGGCUUGUGAACAGCAGCAGGGCCCUUUGUGACCAACAAGUGGAGGUCAUGACCUUUGCAGAAGAUGGAGGGAGCAAGGAAAAACAAUUUCUGAUGCCCCCUGAAGAAACUAUACUAACUUUUGCUGAGGUCCAAGGGAUGCAGGAAUCUCUGCUUGGUACCACUGCCGUGAACAACGUCGUUAUCUGGAAUUUAAAAACUGGUCAGCUCCUGAAAAAGAUAUGCAUUGCUGAUUCUUACCAAGCUACAGUGUGUCACAAAGCCUACUCCGAAGCGGGGCUCCUGUUUGUUAUCCUGAGUCAUCCUUGUGCCAAAGAGACGGAGUCCUCAGGCAGCCCCGUGUUUCAGCUGAUGGUGAUGAACCCUAAAACAACCCUGAAUGUGGGUGUGAUGCUGUACUGUCUCCCACCAGGGCAGGCUGGAAGGUUCCUAGAAGGGGACGUGAAAGAUCACUUGGCGGCAGCCGUCUUGACUUCGGGAACAGUUGCUAUUUGGGACUUACUCCUAGGCCAUUGCACCGCUCUCCUUCCGCCCCGCUCCGACCAGAACUGGUCUUUUGUAAAAUGGUCAGGUACAGAGUCUCACUUGCUAGCUGGACAAAAAGAUGGAAAUAUAUAUAUAUACCACUACUCAUAAAGUCAAGAGAAAAUGGUUGUCUGGAUAUAGAUGGCCUCUUGGUAUUUUUUGGAGUUGUAACUGCAAAGGAGAAUAUUUGAUAUUUAAGAUAAUUACUUGUACGCACCCGGACAAACUCAUUUUUUUAUUCUCAUGGUGGUGGCACCGCUGCUCUUGAGUAUUCAUUUAUACUUCCUUGGAGGUAAAGGCUGUAGGUAUAUUUUUUGUAACUCCCCACAUUUGCGCAUUUACUUUUAAAGGUGUGUACAAAGCGUCAAAUGUCAAUAAAUACUUAUUUUGAUACAUUCUGCUUGGCAUAUCAUCUUUUCCCAUUCUAGUCUGAUCAUUUUAAAAUACAAAGAUUAAUUACUGUACCCCUAGAAUAUUUACUUAAUGUUUGCGUAGUAAGACUACUUUUCCGUUAACUUAGUACACUACUAUGUAAUAUUCUAUAUGUUAUUUGUAUUACUUUAUUUUCUCAUGUAUGCCAAAAUAACCUAUUAAAAUAUCCUAAUUGGGCUGGGGAUGUAGCUCAGUGGCACUGCUCCUGCCUUGCAAGCA